AUGAAACUUUCUGGCUUCUCGAUUCCACUCUUACUCUCCAUUGGAGCACUUGCUGCUGUCAUUCCAUUGAAUGAAGAGGCCGCUGUUUCCACCGACGUCGAGCCUGUAGAGCAUGAAGGUUCCAUAAACAAAAGAGAAGUUGCAGCUCCUUUGCUCAGAGUGUCCAGACCAGCCAAGUCCAGGUACAUUGUCGUUUACAACCGAAACGUCACUGAUGACGAGGCCCUGGAGGACCAGAAAUGGAUCGAAGGGCUUGUGAGCCACCCUAGCAAAAGAGACGUUAUUCCCGAAGGCGAGGACGGAGAAUUGAGCUUCUUCAAGUUGUCCUUCUUCAGAGGCUACGCAGGCUACUUUGACCCUGACAUCUUGAACAAGAUCCAGAACAACCCGUUGGUCAAGUUUGUGGAGGAAGACGAGGAGGCCGAUUUCUCCAGCAUCACCACCCAAGCUGAAGCUCCUUACGGUCUUACCAGACUUUCCUCUCGCAACAAACCCACCUCUGCAAAUUACACCUACGACAACGAAGGCGGAAAGGGCGUCAAUGCGUAUGUGUUGGACUCUGGAGUCAAGAACGAUGCUGAGUUUGGCGACAGAGUAACCCAGGGUGCACAGCUUGAAUUCCCAUGGAUCAAUGGAGAUAUCCUUGGUCACGGUACCCAUGUCGCUGGUACAAUUGGGUCGAAAAGCUACGGUGUAGCUAAACAAGUCAACUUGACCUCAGUGAGUAUUGUUACCCUUCUCGGUAUAGUCCGGUCUUCGAAUAUUGUCAAAGGCUUUGAGUUUGCUCAUGACGACCACGUCAAAAAGAUAGACGCCAAGUUGCCAGGCUUCAAGGGCUCCACUAUCAACUUAUCUACCGAAGGUCUUGUUGCUCAUGCUAUCACCGAAGCCAUCAAUGCUGUUACUGAAGCUGGAAUUCACGUUGCUGUUGCAGCUGGAAAUACCGCCCUGGAUGCAUGUUACUCUGCUGCCGUCAACACUAGUGCCAUUAUCGUGGGUGCUAUAGACUCAAACGACACACUUGCUGAUUUCUCCAACUUUGGCAAGUGUGUGGAUAUCCAUGCCUACGGUGUCGAUGUGCCGUCUGUGGGUAUUCUUUGGUCUCCCUCUGUCAUGAGCGGAACUUCCAUGGCCACUCCUCAUGUGACGGGUUCAAUGUCUUACUUGAUCUCUUUGCAGCCAGGUUUGACGUCUGAGUUUAACACCAAUCUCAUCAAACCUGUUGAGUUCAGAAGUCAGUUCCUCAAGUACGCAACACAGGGCAAAGUGAAGGGUCUUCCUGCUAAGAAUCCCAACAGACUUGCCUACACCGGUGGUCUGAAUCCGCUCGAGUUCUGGGGUAAGUAG